CUCUCUGUACACUUCAAUCUUUCUCUUUUUCUUUCAAAUGGGUAAUGCAAUCUGUUCAUGUUUCCAGCAAAACUCCAUGAGGGAUUCGGUGAAGCUUAUCUUUUGGGAAGGAGACACAAUGAUUCUCAAUGGCAAACACGUCGCCGGAGAAAUCAUGUAUAACUCCCCGGGAAAAAUGGUUUGCCGUGCAGAUUCCUUCUUCAUUGGUCACCCGCUUCCGGCUCUUGCCGUCGACGACGAGCUCAUGCCUGGUCAAACGUAUUUCGUUCUCCCCAUUGAUCGUUUUACAUGCAACGUUCUUUCAGCUUCAACACUAGCAGCCUUCAAUUCUUCUUCUUCUUCGUCUUCAACAGCCAGCCGCAAACGGGUCACCCCCAUGAUCGAAUUCGACCACCACUGCUGUCCCUUCGAAUACACAAAGGGUGAAAACGGUAGGGUUUUUAUCAAGGUGGUGCCCGAAUUCAUAAUCAGGCUAAUACAGAGAAGUAAAGAGUUUGAUCAUCAUGAAGAUGGAUCCUCCUUCCCGUUGCUUUGCAGCACGCCGGAGUUAAAGAAGCACUACGAUCUGCUAGUCGGCUUAAGGGGUCAAGUUUGGUCGCCAAAGCUUGAGCCAAUCUCUGAGUACAAAAUUAGGUAUUCGCCUUGCAGGUUCAUAGGGUUGAAGUGGAAACAGCAAGAGAAUGCUUGUUAAUCGAUUAUUCUAUAAUAUUCUUGUUAUUAAUUAUAACUUAGUGUCAUUAAUUAAGAAGACAUUAGUGAUUAUUGAUCAAUAUUGAUUAUAAGUUAUAGCAAGUGUUGAUAAUACGUGGGCAGGCUUAGUUUAGUCAAAGGGAUAUUCAGACUCGACUUAGUUUGUAUCUAUCCAUAAUAUGUGAGAAGGCUUGUUGAUAAUUUACAAUAUAUUUUAUGUGCGGUUCUUAUUAAAUGCC